UGCCUUGGGGUUUCUUUUUUGUUGGCACGUUGACGAGCGACCAACGAAAGCAUUGGGGCAGCACUUAAUCAAAAAUAAUAAUAAAUCAAUUAAAAUUAGGCCAGUGCCAGAGCGUCCCAUUGUGCAGCAACCAGAGUUGGAUUGCUUGAUCAAGGUCAAUUGUACGAACUACGACAACGUCAACGAUAACAUACGCCAGGAUGAGUCAAUACGCAAACAUUUUGCAACGUGAGUUUCCGGCUAUAGACAAUGAGCUGAAGGAUUAUGUGGAGGGCGUCCUAACGGGCAGCGUCGAAGACUUUGACACGUGCGAUGACAUUUUUGAAGCUGUCGGUGACAUUCUGCAAGGUAUCGAUGGUGAGAGGUCUGAGGAGAGCAUACGAGGGCUGUGUGAUGAAUUUCUCAAUAUUAUGAAAAACAAUUCGAAGAAUGUCGAACGCAAGGUGCUUAAUGCUCCAGUGAAUAUCGAAGAAAUGGCCAGGAAUAUGGAGCGCAUGGACAAGGAUAUGCAAAGCAUUUGGGUGGUCAACAAGGAUGGCGCAAACAAAGUGGACUCAAAAAAACUGGAAAAAGCAGAGGCCAAAUUGAUGCAAAAACAAGAGAAGCGCCAGGAGGUGACCAAACUAGGUGUUGUGCCUGUCGCUGUCAAGCUGCAAACGGCCACAGCCUCCCAGGUGACCAACAAAAAGAAUACCAAAUUGGAUCAGAAGGGCUUAAACCGCUCCAUGGACAUCAAAAUCGAAAACUUUGAUUUGGCGUUUGGUGAAAAAGUUCUGCUGCAAAAUGCGAAUUUGCUGUUAUCGUUUGGACGCCGUUAUGGACUGGUUGGCCGCAACGGACUUGGCAAGACGACGCUGUUGCGUAUGAUUGCCGAGCGUCAGCUGCAAAUCCCGUCGCACAUCUCCGUGCUGCAUGUGGAACAGGAGGUGGUGGGAGAUGAUACCUCCGCUGUGGAAAGUGUGCUUGAGUGUGAUACGGAGCGUACUCGCUUAAUGACAAGGGAGAAGGAGAUUCUAGCUGCCUUGAACAGUGGUGUACAGGAUGCAGCGCUUUCCAAUGAGCUGAGCGAAACCUAUGCCGCACUUCAGAACAUUGAGGCGGACAAGGCUGUGGCACGUGCGUCUGUGAUACUUAAGGGUCUUGGCUUCGAUGCGGACAUGCAGCUGCGGCCAACUAAAUCAUUCUCCGGUGGCUGGCGUAUGCGUUUGGCUUUGGCCAGAGCACUGUUCUCCAAGCCGGAUCUGCUGUUGCUCGAUGAGCCGACGAACAUGUUGGAUAUUAAGGCCAUCAUUUGGCUGGAAACUUACUUGCAAACGUGGCCCACAACCAUUUUGGUAGUGUCUCACGAUCGCAAUUUCUUGGAUACCGUUCCCACGGAUAUACUUCAUCUACAUUCCCAGGAACUUGAGGCUUACAAGGGAAAUUACGAGCAGUUUGAGAAGACCAAGACGGAGAAGCUAAAGUCGCAGCGAAGGGAAUACGAGGCACAAUUGGCACAUAGGUCGCAUGUUCAGGAAUUUAUUGAUCGUUUCCGAUAUAAUGCCAAUCGUGCGUCAUCUGUGCAGUCUAAAAUCAAAAUGCUGGAGAAGCUACCCGAACUCAAACCUGUGGAGAAGGAAACGAUUGUAACGCUCAAGUUCCCUGACGUGGAGCCACUCAAUCCACCCGUGCUAGCUAUCUCAGAGGUCUCCUUCCGUUACAAUCCCACGGAUCCGUUGCCGAUUUUCAAGGGUGUCAAUCUGUCGGCCACCUCAGAUUCACGCAUUUGUAUUGUGGGCGAGAACGGAGCGGGUAAAUCGACACUGCUGAAGAUCAUUGUGGGCCAGCUAAGCACCAUUUAUGGCAAUAUUGUGCUUCAUCGCGGCCUGCGUAUUGGUUAUUUUGCUCAACAUCACGUCGAUCACUUGAAUAUGAAUGUCACCUGCGUUGGCGUACUGGCUGAACUGUUCCCCGGCCGACCGGACGAGGAGUAUCGACGCCAAUUGGGUAGCUUUGGUCUUUCGGGACCUUUGGCUCUGCAAAGCAUUGCCAGCUUGUCUGGUGGUCAGAAAUCACGUGUGGCCUUAGCAAAAAUGUGCAUGGCGGAACCAAAUUUUCUGGUGCUUGAUGAACCGACAAAUCAUUUGGAUAUUGAAACAAUCGAUGCCCUGGGCAGAGCUAUAAAUGCCUUUAAGGGCGGCGUCAUUUUAGUCUCUCACGACGAGCGAUUAAUUAAAGUCGUAUGUAAGGAGCUGUGGGUUUGUGGCAAUCGCACAGUUCGCGCUAUUGAAGGUGGCUUGGAUGAAUAUAAAAAGGAGGUGUACAAGGAAAUCGAAGCUAAUAGUUGAAUUUUAUUUAAUUUAAAAACAUCAAUAAGUGAAUAAAUUUAGCAAUAAAUUUGUAGUAUGUCCAUCAUACAUAAAAUAGUA